AUGGCAACCGUGCACAGAACAUUAAAGAAGAAUCGCCGUGUUCAUACUGACCAGACGGAACACACACUGGGAACUGCGCAGGAGUACAAAGGUGGUCUUCAGGCCUUACGCAGACACAGCGGUGCUGAGCGCAAUAAGCCCCAAAGGACAUUAGAAGCGGAACCAAGCGAAGCGGACGCAUCUCAAGAGCAAAUAGAACAAGAAUACUUAGACAAAGAACUAAUUCCUGAACCGUGGGAACUAAACAACACAGCCCGAGCCGGCAGAGAGAUGCUUUUCUUCAACAGGGUGCCCAAAGUCGGAAGUCAGACCUUCAUGGAAUUAUUAAGACGACUCGCCAUCAGAAAUCAAUUUGGUUUCCACCGUGACGCGGUGCAGCGUGUAGAAACGAUUCGUCUGGCCCCCGCAGACCAGCAGCUCCUCGUGAGUCUGGUAUCGGCUCACGCGCCGCCCGCUUCCUACAUCAAACACGUCUGCUAUACAAACUUUACAAGGUUUGGGUUCCCAUCGCCGAUAUAUGUGAACGUGGUAAGGGACCCCGUGGAGCGCGUCAUCUCUUGGUACUACUACGUGCGCGCGCCGUGGUACUACGUGGAGAGGAAGAGAGCCUUCCCAGAUCUGCCGUUACCUGACCCAGCCUGGCUGAAAAAGGAUUUUGAAACCUGCGUAUUGAGCGGAGAUCGCGAGUGUCAGUACAUCGAAGGCGAAACGCACGAAGGCAUCGGGGACCAUCGUCGACAAACCCUGUUCUUCUGCGGACACGAGGCCCAGUGCACGCCGUUUAAUAGUGUUGGGGCGUUGCAAAGAGCGAAACGUGUUGUUGAAGAGCAGUAUGCAGUCGUCGGCGUACUAGAAGAUAUGAACUCAACUCUGUUGGCGUUCGAACGCUACGUACCGAGAUUUUUCACAGGCGCUUCGCGUUUGUAUUGGGAAGAGUUGAACACUUUCAAUCGCAUUAAUCGAAACGCGUUCAAGCCUCCGGUCUCCGAAGCCGUCAAGCAAAUCGUUCGAGCGAACUUCACAAGAGAAAUAGAAUUCUACGAAUUCUGCAAACAGAGGCUGCACAUGCAACUGAAGGCGUUGCGAGAUCCGACUAUAACAUUGCCGACACCGACCAGAAGUUGGAGGCGGAAGAGGGAAUCCAAAAUAAAUGACUUCAAUUGAAACAGUGAGAAUUUUUGUCAAACGAAAUACUUGAUACUAAGAUUAUGGUAAAUUUUAGGAAAUAAAGGGUUUUUAGACGCGCGAUUUUAGUAGCUACGUCAACGUAAUAAAAUUCUGUGAAUGCAGAUUGUUUAUGCUGCGCUUGAAUCUAUAAAACCUCAAUUGGGUUUUUGAUUAGUUUCGUAUCAAAAAAAUUUGUUUGUAUACUCUGAGAAGUGACUAUAAUUCCACAUUCAAACAUACUUUUAACAAUCUAUGUACAUUGAUUGGCUGUCAAUCGCGAACUCGAUUGGCAUGACCGGCUUUCGCCUCCCGCUUUGCGGGGAGGGAGGUUGAGGUCGAUAUUCCUACGCUCCUUAUAGUCUACUGAUUAAUUUUGUUGCGAGAUCUAUCUUAAAUUUACCCUUGAGUAGUCGGAACCUCAUUGUUCAGAGCCUUUUUACCUGGUCGCUGUCGAUCCUGCUUAGACAACAGUUAUACAGUGGUGGGAGUGAUUAGGGGCAAGUCAAUCGAUUUAUAAAAAUAAAAAUGAAUGUUCGUCUCUAUUGCAUUGUUUUUACUGUCAUUAAAGGCAUAUGAGCGUACGGCCCAUGUAAUGGUACGUUGUCACCGUCGCUUAUGCAUACCAGCAAUGUCAGCGGCAAGCUGCUACUAAGUGCUACUGCAUUUCUAAACCAUUUAUCCGAUUGUGAUAAAACUUGUUAAAGUUGUUGUUGAGACU